AUGGGCUUCGGAGUACUAGAACCAAAGGCCGAGGGUCAUGUACCAGGCACCGUCUACAUCUACGACGAGAAUCAGUCGCAGGGAAGUCCCAACACAGCACUCCUCAAGCAUGGCACUGGGAAAUACUCCCACAUCGUACUUGCGCCACAACCCUCAGACGAUCCCAACGACCCCUUGAACUGGCCGAAGACAGAGAAGAACCUAAUACUGGCCAUACUGGCAUUCGGUGCCAUCAUAUGCGGCUCUGGACCAGGUGCUAUCCUCCAAGCGGGCGUUUUGCCAGUUUCUCAGUCCUUGGGCGUCAGCUUGACCAAGAUUACCCUACUGGCUGGCUAUGUGCUGCUCUCGGCUGGCGCCUUCGGUAUCUUCGUCUCUGGUCUCGCGCGCAAGUUUGGAAAGCGGCCUCUGUACAUUUUCUGUUCCCUCAUGGCUGUCAUCGGCUGUAUCGUCGGCGAAUGCGCAACGACUUAUCCGACCCUGGUCGCAGCGCGGAUCAUUCAAGGCUUCGGCGUGGGCGCGUACGAAUCACUUAUCGUGGCAUCCAUUGGCGACUUAUACUUUGUGCAUGAGCGUGGUCCACGAGUAGCUCUGGUCAUGUUCCUGCUCGCGACUAUUUCAAAUGGAGUCCUGGUCAUUGCUGGACCCAUUACGGCCAAUCUGGGCUGGCACUACAACUUUCACAUCCUGAUGCCCUUCGUCGGUCUCCAGCUAUUGUUGACCAUCUUCUUCGUUCCCGAGACUACUUACGUCCGCAAGAAGAUCUACGAGAUCGACGAGACAGGCUCUGAUCAGAACUUGGAGGCGCUGGGCCAGGACGAAGAACGACAUCGUCAUGCGGAAGAAAAAAUGGCCAAGACUACAAGCCAGCAAGAAGAGGCUGUUUCGCGUACCAUCACUCAGGUUACGAUUCCUCCCAAACGCAAGACGUAUGUGCAACGGCUAGCCAUCUUCAACGGCGUCUUCGUUCACGACUCACUCCUCAAGAUGAUACUUGCACCACUUGCGAUCCUUCUUAAUGUCGGAGCGUCGUACAACGUGCUGGUGAGCGGGAUCUGCCUGGCCUGUUGGCUACACAUCUGCUGCACCCUUGAUUGGAGCGUCAUUGCGUUUGCUCUGAUGGGCGUCGUCGCCAAACCUCAGCUGUUGUGGAUGGUCAAGCGGAACGGCGGAGUUUACGAACCUGAAUUCCAGCUUCUGGGAAUCGCUGUGGGCGGGCUCACCUCAGUCGCCGGCAUGGUUGGCUUUGGCUACACCGCCCAGGGCUUCAAGUCCAUCUACGUGAUCUGCUUCUGCUGGGGACUCAUGAUGUUCGGACUCUGCAUCAUCGCUAUCAGUACCAGUGCCUACGCGCUGGAUGCGUUCCGGCAACACAGUACGGAGCUGUUCAUCAUGAACAUGUUGUUCAAGAACUUCUUCUACUACGGUCUCACAAACUACAUCGUUGACUGGUUAAUGACUCAGGGUCCGGCCAAGAUGUUCAAUGUCAUUGCGGGUAUCACCGCUGGCUGCGUGCUGACCACGAUUCCCAUGUAUGUCUACGGAAAGAGGUAUCGUCGAUACUGGGCGCACCACAAUUUGAUCAAGAUUUUGCGCCUAGAGACCGACUUGACCGGCACCGAAGCCGCAGAGUAA